UUAAUUAAAUUAUCUCUCGAUGCAGGUACUUUUACAGCGGACGUCUAGACGUGGCUAACGUGCAUCAGGCCGCCUGCACCCACACGGCCGCCGCCAAGUACCUCGUCCCGAAACUAGAAGAGAGAUGCCUGUCCUUCGUGAAAAGCCACAUGAAGCUGGACGAUGUGUGUCCUUUCCUAGACUACGUUCUCACCAUGGGCGAAGAAAAGCUGCUUGAUCGCGCCAGCGCACUCAUCAGUCAGGACAGUCUCGGGGUGAUUAGCUCAUCGAAGUUCCCCUCUUCGACCGAGUUCACUGUGAUAUUUAUCCUCAGCCACGCGACCAACCUGCCCGAGGUAUCGGUGGUGAACGCGGUGUACAAGUGGGCGCAUAACCAGGCGCUGUUACGCGGCACUGCGAGCGGGCAACAGCCCGACGUUCGCCCCUUUAUGGUGCCGCUUUUUCCCGAGCUGCGGUUCCUUGCGUUGACGUCCAAAGAAUUUGUCGAAGGUCCCUUGGCGUGGAGAAUUUUCACCACUGCCGAAGCCCUAGCCAUAUUGAGCAACAUCGUGAAAGAAGGCUCGAUGGUCAUGCCAAAAGAAUCGGAAGGCUCGUGCGCACACUACUAAAGGAAAUACCACCGGAUUGUUUGUCAACAAUUAUG